CCCCACGAUUUUGUCACAAGUCCUCUGUUUCCCACCCCUUUCCCUCAACCCCUCUUCCUUUCCUUCCCUUCCCAAAAAAAAAAAUAAAACCCAAACAAACCCUCCAUUUUCAAAUUCCAUUUCAUAUAAUCUCCACCAUUUUUUUACAGAGAAAACAGGAGCGAGAAAACUUCUCAAGGAAAAGGCCUAAAAAUGUCGGCAUACAGAGCAGACGACGACUACGAUUACUUGUUCAAGGUAGUAUUGAUUGGCGAUUCUGGUGUCGGAAAAUCCAACCUUCUCUCUCGUUUCACCCGCAAUGAGUUUAACCUUGAAUCCAAAUCCACAAUCGGCGUCGAAUUCGCUACUCGUAGCAUUCAUGUUGAUGAUAAGAUUGUCAAAGCUCAGAUUUGGGACACCGCUGGCCAGGAAAGGUACCGUGCUAUCACUAGUGCAUACUACAGAGGGGCCGUUGGUGCUCUAUUGGUCUAUGAUGUGACCAGGCAUGUCACGUUUGAGAAUAUUGAGAGAUGGUUAAAGGAAUUGCGAGAUCAUACAGAUUCCAGCAUUGUGAUAAUGCUUGUGGCAAACAAGGCAGAUUUGAGACACUUACGUGCUGUUUCCACUGAAGAUGCCAAGGCCUUUGCAGAAAGGGAGAAACUCUUCUUCAUGGAGACAUCUGCCCUUGAAUCUUUGAACGUUGAAAAUGCAUUCAGUGAAGUCCUCACCCAGGUAUAUCAUGUUGUCUGCCGCAAAGCACUUGAUGCUGGGGGUGACCCAACAGCCUUGCCAAAGGGUCAAACCAUUGAUAUCGGAUCUAAGGAUGAUGUUUCUGAGGUGAAAAAGGUCGGUUGCUGUUCUGCCUGAGCCGGCUGUCAGCAAAUUUUUGUAAAGUUCUCACAGAAAGGCCAUGGGUUUUGUCAAAAUAUUCCAAGUAUACAUUUUUAUUCAUGUCAGGACUUUGAAGAGGGCAACAGAGGGAUGUGCUUACUCUGGUUUUAUGUUGGUUCUUCUUCCUAUAUUAUAUACAUACAGACAUACAGUACUGAUAGCUUAGAAAUGUUUUCAUAAUGCAAAUUUUUGUAAAGCAGUUAUUUCGAUUUCCAGAAAUUUUUAUUGGCACUUGUACUAACACUAUUUAAAUUGGAAAAAUGAUGCCAUACCGGAUGCAUGCACAGUAAUACGGGUGAUACUACAAGGCA